UGAAUAUCUAAUGCAUUCCUUACACCCACUCGAAUAGAAGCCCCAGCAUUCCCACUGAAAAAGACUGAACUUUUCUGCUUAUUAGCUCGCUGCCCUGAGCCUUGCUGGUUACUUCUGGAUUGAUGGUAGCCACCGCCUCGUUGCCCAAAACGACCAGCCCAUCACGCCGCCGGGUUCGCAGGCGGAAGACGCGAGGAGCGGCGAUCGAUCUACAGACCAAGGUCUCCGGCGACAGGCCGCGACGCGUGCGAGAUGUCGGGGCAGAUGUUCACCCUCGUGGCCGCCGCCGACGUCCGGUACGGCGUGAGCAUGCGGCGUGAGUUUGGAAGUCAUUUGGAGAACAUAGCCCCCGAGACCGAGUUUGUCAAAAUCAUAGCUCGUGAUGGCGUGUUUGAUUUUGAAGUUAUUAGGGACGACUACGAGCCAUUUCUUUCGUCCGACGGAUGGGAGGAGUUUGUGGAUGCAACUAACAUACAAGAAGGUAACUCCGUUCUGUUUGUGGACCGUGGGAACUUCUGCUUUAAGGCUCACAUAUUCAAUCCAAGCGGUCACGAGAAAUCUUUUUUCUUUUGUCAACGACCUACUGAGAUAUUUGGAGAUGUUCCUUCGAGCACUCUUUCUGAUCAACGUGUGAUGAAUGGACACGAAGCUCACAAGGCGAAUGACCAGCCAUCUAUGAAUCUUGAAGACGGUUCGCCACCUCUGUCCAAUCAUGUUGGGGGGCCUUCCCAGCAUACCUCUAUUUUGGCCCAGGGGGCGACUCUGUCUACGCAAAUGAAGAAAAGAGUUGAGGAGAAAGUACAAGCAAUUGGAUCUGAAAUUCCUGUCUAUGUCAAAGAGAUGACUGAAAUCUCUAUUAUUGGCAGCAAGGGCAAGGGUAGAGGAUGCCGAACAUAUCCUGUGACCUUCUGCCGCGAAUUUGCUUCGGAAUGGCUCCCCGCUCGGAAAACAAAAAAUUACCUUCAGGUAGAGGGCAAAGCGUGGUGUACUAAGUUCGAUGUUGGACGUGGUGCCAGAAUGAGUUGGAUUCGCGACGGGUGGGAGGAAUUUGGUUGGGAGAAUGGCCUGAAGGUAGGGGAUGUGUGUCUCUUUGAAGCAAAAAAGAAGUAUGGCCGGAUGUUGAUUGUCCAUCUGAUUCGGUCGGAAAUGGAGGUGUAGCUCAGGCAUUUAGAUUUGUGAUUUCUUAUUUAUGUAUGGUAUGAUGUAGUAUGAUUUAGACCUCUGAUACCUCCUGCCAUGAGAGAGCUGACUGUUGAACAACUUUACUCACUCCAUUCAAAUGACUUGUAGUAGCUGUUAAACGACUUUGUAGCAUGCAUGUAAUGUAAUUUGUGGAAAGGCUGGACCAUACUCUGCCACUAACUAGUACUCACUUGGCGUUUAAUGAU